UCAACCGCUGCAGACCCGACAGGCGACAGGGCGGCGCAUCAUCCGCGCCGUCCUCCAAAGCUUACGCGACAAAAAAUAAUACAUAACCCACAAACCCUGCUAUGAUUAAGGCGCAAUAUGUAACGAUUGCGAUUCUUCUGUUCGGUGCGAUGGAGACGGCUUCUAUUAGCAAAAGGAGCUACUCCGACCAAUCGGUCAAGGGAUAUGUGACGGAGCGCACUUGCUGGUGGAAUGAAGUGUGCAAAGAAGAGUUCCAAACACUCUUUAGAUGCAAGUGCCCCUCCUGGUCUUACUGCCGGAGCCCCGGGCGGUACUACAACGCCGUCUGCUCCAUGACCGAGACUGGCUACAUCUGGGACCAGCCCAACUCGGACUUCAGACCGCAAUAACAACUCCUAGAUAGACCCAGCUUCUAGAUUUUCAUUUGCAUUAAACCCUUACAACGAUUCUAAUUUGAGACUGACCCUGAACGGAAAUUAUGCCUUCUAUUUUCGUAAUUUAGCCUAAGAAAAUAGCUCGCUUAAUUUCGGAGAAAAUACAAUGUGAUGCGUGUUCGACCAAAUUGUUGGAGAUUCCUGUUAUGUGAGAAAUAAACGAAUAUUUCCUUAUACA